UCUCUUACCAUAUGGUAAUUGGAAUAUCAUUGUUGAUAAGACAUAAUAUUGUGAGAAUCUUUACAUAAGUGUAUGUACCAAAAGAAACGGAGCAAUCAGACCUCCAGCUCCUGGGGAUGUCUUCUGCUGACACCAGGCUUCAUGAUGAAAACAAGCUGCUUGUUUCUCUUUCCUUCCAGACAGAAAUGUACUAGCUUAGUUAUGAGAACUGGCUGGGAGAAACAAGCUACUUUUUUUAUUAGUGAGAGAUGUGGUUAUUAACUGCAACACCCCCCUCCCCCCAUCUAAUUGUACUGCUGUAGUGCCUGUCCCAGGGCAGCAUCCCCUGCCUAGCAUCAGCUCAUUUCUGCAUUAACUCUUUAGUAAGAGAGCUCACAGCCUGAAUAACACAAUUCCCAGAGACAAAAGCUUUAAUAAGCAAAGGCAAUUGAAAUGAUUCAUAGAAAAUUUGCCAAAAUCAGAUGGAUUCCCAGGCCACUGAGCCUCUCACCCAUCCAUCUCCCUUUCCCCUCCCCUUCCAUCAGCCUUCCCUCCCCCUCUCUGAGCCAAGCAUCUCAGAGAAAAGGCUCUGCCUUGCACAGGCUGUGUGACAGCAGGAGGGAGAGGGAGCUGGAGAUAGCGAGGAAGAGGAAACAGUGCAUAGGGCUGGGAAGUGCUGCAUGCAUUCUUCCGAGACCGCAUCCACGCCUGGAAGAGGGAACCUACUGCUUGCAGGAACACCUUCUCUUGGCUGUUCAUUGGCUUCUGCAGCAGGUGCUUGGAGUCUAAGAAGGGCAGAAUGGGAUGAAAAACACCGCUGAAAAUCCAGAGCACAGUCCUUGUGAUGAAAACAACUGGGUGCGCAGCUGACCAAAAUGCAGCAGCAAGAGACAAAUAACCCGAGAGAAAAACCAGCAAAAGCAAAACACAGGCUGCAGAAUUCCCUGGCUCUGGAAUCAAAAUACGUGUGUGGGGGCUGCUGAUCUGCCAUCUGAUGGUUUCUUGCAAAGACCCUGAGGUUUUUUUCUUGCUGGGAAUCUUUCAGCUAACGUGAAGCGGACUGGCUUGCAAAUAUUUCUUCAGUAGUUUGACGAAAGCUGGCAUCUUCUGCACUGAAUUCUGAGCAUGUGAAAGGACAAGGCAUGUCUGUAACCAGAAUCCUGAAGCUCCCUGGGAAACGGAUUCUGUGAGGCGAAAGGUUAAAGUGGGAUCAUGGGAGGGAAGCAGGUCAAAUGUCUCACAUCACCCAGUCCUAUCCAUAGUGCAAAGAGUGAAUCCACUGUAGCCCCAUCAGAGGAAAAGGAAAGACUUGUGAUCAUCCACACUGAAGAAACAGAAACUAAAACAGAAGGGACAGAAUCUCAUUUCCAGCCUGAGUGGCAGGCAGACAACCCUGGGUCAUUUUUGGAGAAUUCAUGGGAAGAGCAGCUUUUGGAACAACAGGACCAUUUGGAAAAGGAAAUGGAGGAAGCAAAGAAGAUGAUUUCAGGUCUGCAGGCUUUGUUGCUCAAUGGAUCUUUACCUGAGGAUGAGCAGGAAGGGUCCUUUGAACUUUGUGAACGCGGAGCCUGCCCUGAAGAGCAACUGAUCAUAAUCCGAAGUCGCCUGGACCAGAGUGUGGAAGAAAAUCAAGACCUAAAGAAGGAGCUAUUGAAAUACAAACAAGAAGCUCGAAACCUACAGGGAAUAAAGGAUGCUUUACAGCAAAGGCUGAUUCAACAGGAUGCUUCAGUUCUUCAGCUAAAGCAGGAACUGCUGAGAGCAAACAUGGACAAGGAGGAAUUGCACAACCAGAACGUUGACCUUCAGAGGAAGGUUGAAGAGAGAAACCGGCUACUGGCAGAAUACAAAAAAGAACUGGGCCAGAAGGAUCGGCAUUUACAGCAGCAUCAGACCAAACUGGAUGAAAUGCUGAGGCAGCUUUCUGAGGCCAGCUACCAACAGGUGGAUUUGGAGCGGGAGCUGGAGCACAAAGAGGCCCUGCUAGCUCACUGCAUGAAGAGAGAAGCUGAAGAGGUGAUGGCUUACAGUGGUCAUAGUGCUGAGAGCAAUGGCUUCCUCCAGACAGCAGGAAAAGGAGUUGCUCCCGCAGCCCACCGAGGGACAAAUGACUUGCAGCUGGUUCGUGAUGCCCUUCGCAGCCUCAGGAACAGUUUCAGUGGCCAUGAUCCACAGCACCACACCAUUGACAGCCUGGAGCAGGGCAUCUCCAGCCUCAUGGGACGGCUGUACCGCAUGGAAACACAGAAGAGGCAAGAGAGAAGGAUCCGGGGGAAAUCACCAGCAAGCAGAGCAACAAAUGAGUGUAGAGACUCCUGGCCUCCCAAAUCGAAACUGCCUCAUUCUCACAGCACACCUGUGAUGAGCACCAGUGCCUGCACCAAAGUGUUGUACUUCACUGACCGCUCCCUUACACCUUUCAUGGUCAACAUACCAAAGAGGCUAGGGGAAGUGACCCUGAAGGAUUUUAAGGUAGCUAUUGAUCGUGAAGGAACCCACCGGUACCACUUCAAAGCCCUGGAUCCAGAGUUUGGCACAGUCAAGGAGGAGGUAUUCCAUGAUGAUGACAUCAUUCCUGGUUGGGAGGGGAAAAUUGUGGCCUGGGUGGAAGAAGACCAUGGAGAGAAUUAAUCAGCUUUUAAGUCUUGUUGCUAUGGAAACCUGUAACUGGCUGCUGAGCUCAAAGAAUGACCAAAAAGUAUGUGUGCUGGAAGGAGUCCAAUUCAAGCUGCCAAAAAAGAAGGCUUCUCUGCAAACAACGGGUAAUGCAUGUUGUGUGCAUGGACACCUGGCAUCUGACUUGCCACGGCCAAAUGUAGACAGUGUUCUGAGACGGAAAUGGCACAUCUGUGGGAAAGAAACACCUUGCUGUUCUGUCAGCUAAGCACUGAAGGCCUUAAUGAUACAUUGCUCACUUCCCCUACUUCUCCGUUCCUGCAAAAUGUGCUGCAGACUGGGGUCUGGGCACUUCAAAUCUGGUUUCUUGUAUGCGGUAUUACAUAAAUCUGCACUGAUGGCAAAAAAUGUGAAGCUUUGCCUUCAUGACUCAGAAGAAGCUGCUAGAUGAUGCGAGCUGAUGUUUUGUCCAGCUUUCACAUGCUGCAGGAGCAGAGUGAACUUUCUGGAUGUCCCAGACUGACAGUACAGAAUUCUGACUUGGGGAGGGAAGACAGUCUUCUGAAAGCUUUACUCAUGUCUAAAGCAAAGAUCACCAGCUUGGUAAAGCUCCCUUUUUCCCAAACUCAGGCUUCUAUUUCCUAGCCCUUCUUUUUCCCACUUGCUCUCCAAAGCUGUGCUUGCUUCUGAGGCCCUCUGGGUUUGCUUUGUUGCCAUGGGGACCGUUGGAUCUCGGUGCUUGCUUAUUUGCUGAAGGAUUUCAUUUGCAGGGGAGCUGGGGUCAGCUGCUUCCCUGAGGUACUUAUAAUCCCUCUCCUUGUUGAGCUUCUUUCCUUGCACUCGUGCCCUCUCCUCUUUCAGCAAGGCAGACAGUUUGUCACCUCCUGUGCAUGGUCAUCAGUGUGUGCUGCUGUGUCCACUCAUUGCCAGGGUCACCAAAUGCUUACCCACGACAGUAAGAUAAACCCUAUGAACUACACCGUCAGUUCCCUGGUAUGCUGCUUCUGGGGUGUCUGAACGAUCAGAAAUAAAUGACUGCUUGGGAAAGAACAAGCCCUAAAAAAAUCCCUGAGGGUGGGUUGUUCUGUUUGGUUUUGUGGGUUUUCUUACUUGUUUGUUUCUGCAUUGAAUGUCUCUGCCCUUCUGCUGCCAGACAGCUGUACUUCCAGAGUGCUGGCUGCAGUGUGCAGCAGACACUGUUAACCUAGAAGGUCAAAUGGCAAGUAAAGACUCUGCUCAUUUUCAGUAUGCGUGGCUCUCCCAUGGACUACCCUGUGUUUCUGUGCUGUGCAUGAGGCUGGGAGAGGGUAAACCUGGUUUUACUGUUUUAUAUUAACAUGUCCCUUUUGUAAACAUGUUCCUGUUCUUGGAAUUAUUUUGUAACAGUUUACAUUUGUCUGAGGACUGUGGAUAUUUUUAUACUAGUGCAAGUGCUUUCUGUAUAUUUCUGCACGCAUUAUACUGUGUUUUACUCAUUUUUCUAGUGGAUGCUAAGGUGUUUUGUAUCGUCUCCUGUUAACACAACACUGGGCUUAUAACUUUAUUUUACUAUGGAAAUCCAACUAGUUCCUACUGGGUUUUAUAUUUUUGCCAAAUAUAAUAGGCAGCAACAAUACUAUUUAUUUUCUCUCUGCUUCACUGUCCAGGAAGUAGCUCAAUACUCUUCUGUGGCUCUGUGCCACAUUGGCACAACACAACAUGCCUCCUGUUCUGGACAAUUUGUUAUGGUGACUUUCUCCUUACAGACAGUAGUAGGGAAGUUCAUUAAUGAACAAGUUCAUCGAUGGACUGCAGAGAGAGAAUACGUCUCUUUUGGAAAAGAUUUUUUUUUUUUCUUACUCCCUGGAAAUGGUUUCUUUGUUGCAUGAUUGCUAGUGGUAAAGAGAGCAUGGGGUUGUUAUACUGCAAUCAGUUGUAUAUUAAUUGAAAUUUUUUCUUAAGUGUUUCUUUCCUCAGGUUUUACACAUGAAUUUUAUUUCAGCAAGAGCCACGCACCCAGGCAAGAAUUUUAUGGAGAAAAUUAAGACAAUUUUCAAAGUCUGUAGUUGUCAGUUCCAUAUCCCUCUCUGCUACUCACAGAUGAGCAGUUUGGUUUUGGAGCACUGUUAAUAUGAUCAGAGCAUCUAAUGGAUAAGGCUCCAGUCCAGCCUUGCCCAUAGCUAUCCAGUUUUCUCAUGAAGAAAAUAGUUGAUAGCUGAUAUAGGAGGCAGCCUGUUCUUGUUCUUAGAUCCGUUCAGAUAACUAACCAUGGUCACAUUUAAUAGGCUUACUGCCACCAGAGAGCCAAGGACUGAACCCUGUAUGGAAACACAAGAGUAGGCUGUUUGAGAAGGAGCAAGACUGGACAAAAGGUUUGCUUUUUGGGGCUGGCCCUCCUGUACCUUCCAUCCAUGCUAAUGUCACAAGUCAUUAGCAAAAAAAAGACACACCUGAGACAAAACUGAUAGCAGUGCACUGUUCGUGGGUUCCUGUAUGCAGCUCUGCUCUGUGACAGCGAAGGUGAAGAUCCUGGAGUUGCUGUUACUGGAGCUGAAGGAUUGGUGCUCUGAUAAGCUGUACCUGGGUCCAGAUUUAUUUGUGUAUUGACACUGCAGCCUUCUUCAGACUUUACUGUUGUAUGAUUGACAAAGGCCGUAAGGAGGAUGUAAGGAAUAUUAUACAUGGGGGUAAGAGGUAUCGGGUACAAAAGCUGUUGGCCAGAUGUUUCUCUGAUAAAAGCAAAAGAUGUUGCUUUUAAAUCAGUUUGGCAUUGCUCUAACACUGACUUCAGUGGAUUUAUUCUGGGAUAUCAUACCCAGGACUCGUAUUUUUCACUGUUUUGAAUCUGUUUAUUUCUGUCCAACUUUCUUCAAAGUUACUUUCCUAUUCCUAUACUUGUAACUUGCUUCUGUAACAUACAUGCUGUGUGUAAAAUUAUAUUUUCAUAGAAUCUCUGAUGUUUGCGUUCAUCACUUAGAAAAGGCAGUUACUCUAAAGCCCGUUCUCUAGGAAAGUGAAGCUUUAUCUGUACAUCUAAACUAGACGUACCUGACUGAAUAAGCCUUGAAUUCGUGGACCGAGCAGUUAUCCCAAUAAAAUGGGGUUUGCAAA